GUGGUUCUGUCCCCGUCCCGGUCCCGGUCCAGUUCUCAGCCCCGGUCCCGGUCCAGUUCUCAGCCCCGGUCCCGGUCCAGCUCCGCAGCGGCCCGGGAUGGCGGCAGAGGCGGGCGGCGCGGCGGGGAAGCGGCGGAUCAUGUGCGUGGGGCUGGUGUGCCUGGAUAUCAUCAGCGUCGUGAAGGAUUUCCCAGCCGAGGAUUCCGAUACCAGGUGCCUGUCACAGCGGUGGCAGCGGGGCGGGAACGCCUCCAACUCCUGCACGGUGCUGUCGCUGCUGGGAGCCCCCUGCUCCUUCAUGGGCUCGCUGGCCCCCGGCCCCGCCGCUGACUUCAUCGCGGCGGAUUUCCAGCGCCGGGGUGUGGACACGGCACACGUGGCGUGGCAUCCCCGCGGAGAUGUGCCCUGCGCCUGCUGCCUCGUCAACGCCACCAGCGGCUCCCGCACCAUCGUCCUGCACGACACGAACCUGCCUGACGUGACAGCCCGCCACUUCGAGCGGGUCGACCUUUCCCAGUACAAGUGGAUCCACUUCGAGGCCCGGAACGCGGCGGAGCAGAGCGCGAUGCUGGAGCGGGUGGAGCGGCACAACCGGGCAGCGGCGCCGGGGCGGCGGGUCCGGAUCUCGGUGGAGGUGGAGAAGCCGCGGGAGGAGCUGCUGCCGCUGAUGGGGCGGGGACACGUGGUGUUCAUCAGCAAGGACCUGGCCCAGCACUUCGGGUACCUGUCGGCCCCCGAGGCCCUGCAGGGACUGCGGGGACGCAUCCAGCCAGGGGCCACGCUGAUCUGCGCCUGGGCUGAGAAGGGCGCUGAUGCCUUGGGGCCCGACGGGGAGCUGGUGCACUCGGACGCCUUCCCCCCAGAGACCCUCGUGGACACGCUGGGGGCUGGGGACACCUUCAAUGCCGCCGUCAUCUUUGCGCUCGCUGAAGGGAGGACCCUGCAGGACGCCCUCACCUUCGGCUGCCGGAUCGCGGGCAGGAAAUGUGGGAUCCAGGGCUUCGAUGGCAUUGUCUGAGCUUGUGCCUGGAGACCUCUGCACCCCCCAGGCACACCACACCUCCACCGCACCCAGCAACCCCCCAGUAAAACCCCCCGUGCACCACUACUGCCUCCUGUG